CUUGCAGCCCGCGCUCGUCUGGGUACCGACUUUGUGCUUCGGUUUCAUUCGGUUAAUAAACGCGCGCGUCGAUCAGUCCAUCACGAGCCGUCGCGUGGCUCGGGUUCUUUAAACUUUCCCGUUUGACACUGUCGUUCGUCUCGUUCUCUUAUUCCUCCUCCUCCUCUUUUUCUUCGUCCCCGUCCGCCAAUUCUCCGUCAGAUUUUACCGACCGCACCAGGAUCACCAGAAGAUCCAUUCCCGCGAAUUCUAACGGGCAUGUGUCGCUAGUUUAACUCCGUUCGACGAUCCUUUUGGAUAUUACUGACCCGAGAGGGCUGAACCUUCGGUAUUCGUGUGCAGGUAACGAUUAGAGGCCGACAGCAUGAGGAACUCAACGCUGCUGAAGUGGGCGCAGAACUCGGCGAACAGUAAAAAUCAGACUAGCAAAAAUGGAACGACCAGGAAUUGGAUACACCCACCGGACGCGCUACAAAAAGGCCACAUCGCCUAUCUGGUCAAGUACCUGGGCAGCAUAGAGGUUGACCAACCGAAGGGCAUCGAGGUGGUGAAGGAAGCGAUCUGCAAACUGAAGCUGAAACAGAUAAGGAAGGGCGAGGGAACGAAGCCGCCGAAGGUGGAGUUGACCAUCAGCAUCGAUGGAGUUGCGAUUCAGGAGCCGAAAACGAAAACAUCGCCAAAGCGAAUCAUGCAUCAGUACCCGCUGCACAGAAUAUCGUACUGCGCCGAUGAUAAGGGGGAGAAGAAGUUCUUUAGCUUCAUCGCGAAGGAGGAGGAUGCGGAGAGGCACACAUGCUUCGUCUUCGUUAGCGAUAAAUUAGCGGAGGAGAUCACGCUGACGAUCGGCCAAGCUUUUGAUCUGGCGUACAGGCGAUUCCUGGAGACGUCGGGCAAAGAUCUGGAAACGCAGAGGCGGUGCAUGGUGCUGCAGCAGAAGAUCAAACGGCUGGAGCACGAGAAUAACGUUUAUCGCCAACGAUUGCAAGACAUCGCUACUAUUAAAGGCUCGGCGGACGUGUCGGCAUACUUGUCGCAGCACAACUUGCCAGAUAUCCUGCAUAUUUCUGGGUCAUCGAAUGAUACGCCGCAAGUAAACGGGACAAGCAACAAGCCUUCCACUGGCGCCAACAAUGACACCAAUGGGAAUACGCCGAACGGAUCACAACCGCCACCAGUUCCUCCGAGGAGUUUUGAAAAGACAUUCGAUGAUAACUUUAUGGGUGAGCCGACUCCUACGCCAUCGGUUGGUACCAAGUUAGAAGGACUCCUGAUGGAUGAGUUCGAGGAAGAUUUUAAUCCAAGGGCUUACGAAACUGCGUCAAAUGGCACCAUGAAUCAUCAAACAAAUCAUAAUUCCCUUCUGAAUGGACAGAUACCACCAAGUUCGAACUUCUUCUCCCAAAGUAACGGCAUCGCGAGUCCUCCUCCGUUAUUGGCUCCACCGCCAAAGGCAAAGGAUUCUAGACGACAGAAUGGAGUGAAGGAGGAUUUAUUUGGGAGCAUUCCCUUCAACCCGGUACCACCGAUGAAUACGAAAAAUGAGUUUAAUGAUCCGUUCGAAAUGGGCGAGUUUGGAGCACCCACGACGAUUUCCAAUCCGAGCCAGCAAGAAUUGGAGAACGCUAUUGGUCUUCUAGAUAAGAAACUACUCGAAAUGAAGGAUGGUUUUAAUAGAGGUCUUUCCAUCGAUACCGACGACUUCUCGUUGGAAAGUUUGGAUCCCCUACGGAACUGAAUGGGGGACUCCCUUUGAAAAAGGGAAAGAACAAGGGAAAGGCCAAUUUAUGCAUUAUGAUAUGUUCGUUAGGGAGC